GAAAAAGAAGAAGAAGCUAGGUUCCGCAAUUCAGCGCCGUCAUUAAUAGAUAGAUCUUUCAUUUUUGUAAACAGAUAUGUCUGAUGCAUAAAAAGAAGAAGAAAAUCAUCCUAAGCCACCCGAUUAGCUUGGUUUAGCACCGGUUGAGAUACGAGGAAGAAGACACCUCUCGAACUUGUCUCUAUGCCAACUUUUUAGAGAACAGAUUUGGAGACCCUACUUUAUCAACGGUAUCAAGAGCGGAGCGACCAAAACCAUUGAUCAUUGAGGAGAGUGAAACAAACAUGACGGAGAUCAAGGCUGUAGGCGUGGUGGGCAGUGGCCAAAUGGGCUCUGGUAUAGCCCAACUCGCCGCCGUACACGGGCUCGAUGUGUGGCUGCUUGACACGGAUCCCGCUGCUCUCUCUAGAGCCACAAAGUCUAUCACCUCUAACAUCCACCGUCUCAUCUCCAAAGGCCAACUCUCCCAGGCUGCAGGUAACGAUGCAUUGGGCCAUUUACGGUGUAGCUCAAAUUUAGAAGAGCUGCGUAUGGCAGAUAUUGUCAUUGAAGCUAUCGUGGAAUCCGAAGAUGCGAAGAAAACAUUAUUCCUUGAACUAGAUAGGAUAGCAAAAAGUUCUGCCAUUUUGGCAUCCAAUACAAGUUCCAUCUCCAUUACCCGCCUAGCAUCUGCGACUAGCAGGCCACGCCAGGUGAUUGGCAUGCAUUUCAUGAAUCCUCCUCCUAUAAUGAAACUGGUUGAGAUUGUACGCGGUGCAGACACAUCAGACAAUACAUUUUAUGCAACCAAGGCAUUGGCAGAGAGGUUUGGCAAGACAGUGAUAUGCUCUCAAGAUUUUUCAGGUUUCGUUGUAAACCGGAUCUUAAUGCCAAUGAUAAAUGAAGCAUUUUAUGCUCUCUAUACAGGAGUGGCAACAAAGGAGGAUAUUGAUACAGGAAUGAAGUUAGGAACGAACCACCCAAUGGGUCCUUUACAACUUGCAGAUUUCAUUGGACUGGAUGUAUGCCUGUCGAUAAUGAAAGUUCUUCAGACUGGCUUAGGGGACAAUAAAUAUGCUCCAUGUCCGCUUCUUGUGCAGUUUGUUGAUGCAGGUCGUCUUGGACGAAAACGUGGUAUUGGUGUCUAUGACUAUCGUGCAGCUGAGCAAGUAAAACGCUCUGCUCGACUUUGAACUCACUGAAAAUUGUGAAUUAUGAGGCUCGCACUGUAAUGCCUUUGUAAUUAAGUUUGGGUUUGGUACUGUGGUUUAUAAUGUUUUUUAAAUGUGAUUCUUUUUAUGCUUGAAAAUAUAUAUGAAAAUAUUGUUUUUAUAUUUUUUUUUGUUUUUAACAUCAAAAUAUAUAUGAAUUAUGUUUUUUCAAAAGAUAUAUUUUUGAUACGCAUCAAACAAACAGAAGGGACUGUACUCACUGUUUAACAAAUCAUUGUUUAACAAAUCAUUGUUUCUUUUGUAAAUAAAAAGUAGCUUUCACAAAAAGGGGGUGAGAUACCCCAAAAAGAGGAAUAUUGUGCUUAAAGUAAUAAAGCAGAGGAUAAAAGUCUGAGAUUAAUAAUGUUAUCCCAAAAUUCGAAUGAUUAGAAUGUGAUGUACCAUGUCUUGAUUAUUUUUACUUGCAAUUACCCUGCUUUGUAUACAGUUCCUUGUGAUGAAUUACUGAAGUAGCAUUACAGAGUUCUAAUAAUGUUGCCAGUAAAACCACUAAUGUUCAUCAAGUUGAUCCAUGGUUAUUGUUUAUCCUUACUAAAGUUUUUUGUAAAAUAGGUAACUCGAAUUCUCACGAAAAUUGCUUGCUUGCCAUCCGUGUCACUUCAAGCAAUUUAAUGAAGGUUUGUUCAGUGGUUAAUCUUGGAACUUUGAUGUUGUGCUUCAAUUUGUGAAUGAGCAAUGCGAUCUCAGCAUGCAUGGAGGUCUUUAGAUUUCAAGAAUUUUUGUGUUUGCAGUAGUAAUCUGAUCCGAGACAGCAACUUGCGAGGGUCUGAUCUUUGAAGCUGGUGGCACAUGCAGACAUGAAAAACGCAUAAUGGAUUGAAAGUCACAUGCCUUUUCCAACUUCUUUUCCUUUCAGUGGUAGAGCAUUUGCAUGUGGCUAAACCCAAAAACAGACAGAAGAAGAACUGCUUUCCAGUUCAUAAUAGCCAUUAUCCUUCGGUUGAUUAAGUUUCUAAAUUGUCCAUCAAGCAAAAUCAAGUAAAAAAACUGGGAACAUGGCCAAAAUCUUGGUGUAUUACAUUUAUGCUGCUCUAGAAAAAACAAGAAAGAAGAUUGAAACUUUAACCACAAAUGUAAAAUAUAUGUGGACAUAAUGGUUGCCAGCUUGGAGUUUUUAAUGAGAGACAACGAAAUCAGAAGGAUCCCCUGAAUUUCAAUAUUAGUGGGCUAGAGAUGACCCACAAAGAAGAGACUGUUACUGUAUUAAGUUCAUCCUCGCUCAUGGGCAGCCCCCACCACUCAAGAGUCCAAGGCGCCAUUAUUUGUUACGUAACUUCUGUAUUGAAAGUGAUUGAUUUGGAAUCCCAUGGAAAAUAAAAAGAAAAAGAAAAGGAGUAAGAAUGAAUGACAUUAUUUAGAUAAGAAAGAAGAUAGAAAAUCACAGCAAAGGCUAAGACGUUUUUUACAGAGGUUUGGGAGAAGUUUGGAGAGAGGAGAAGGCAUAAGCUAGCAAUGAAGUUCUUGUUCCAGUGCCCUUGCUGCUCAUGUUUCUGCUUCAUGAAGCCUAAGCAGGGGAAACCGAAGGUGAAGGAAGUUGCCAAGGUAGCCAAGGUAGAGGAUGCCAAGGUAGCCAAGGUAGUGGAUGCCAAGAAGGUAGAGGAUGCCAAGGAAGAGAAGAAAGAGUAAUUUAUAAACUAAAUGCAACUACAAUGUUGAUGUAAAAUAUUUGAUCUCCUUUUUUAGUGUAUGCAGGGCUCUUCUUCCUGCUUGCUGGUUGUUCUCAAGUAAUUUUCAUGUAGCAUUUUCCCUCUAAUCCAUAUGAAAUGCUACCUUUAAUUUCCAUGCAUGGAAAUAAAUGUUACUGCUACAUUUUAUUUUGCCCAAGUUAAAAACAAUGUAUCAUUUUCUGCUUA